UAUAAGUGGAACUGUAGCGCUGAUCUAACAACCUGCAGCUUAGCUGUCUUCCCGUGAAUGUGCUGAUGUACUCCGCACAAGUACAGGUGAUCUAGAAGGAGCGUGGACUCACAGCUCCUCCGCCUUUCGCCCCCGUCUGCAUCCGGCUCCCUCGCCUGAACGGCAGCCAAGGGAGCACCGGGAGAGAUCGAGACGAUGGGCAGCGUCGGCGGCGGCUCGCUGGAGCAGGGCCAGCCCGUGUGCGUGACGGGCGCCACCGGCUACGUCGGCUCCUGGCUCGUCCGCACCCUGCUGCGGCGGGGACGCCGCGUCCACGCCACGGCGAGGGACCCAGCCAAGGCGCGGCGCAUGCUGUCGGCGGUGGAGGGGAAUGAGCGGCUCAGGGUGUUCCGGGCGGACAUGGCCGAGGAAGGGAGCUUCGACGACGCCCUCGCCGGCUGCGCCGCGCUCUUCCACGUCGCGGCCUCCAUGGACCUCCACCUUUCGCCCGACCAGCACGACGCCGAGGAGCGCGUGAGGUCGCAGGUGCUGGAGCCGGCGACGAGGGGCACCAUCAACGUGCUGCGCUCCUGCGUCCGCGCCGGGACCGUCCGGCGGGUCGUCUUCACCUCCUCCGUCAGCACGCUGGCGGCGGCCGGCGCGGAGGGGUCAGUCGUCGACGAGUCGUGCCUCCGGGACCUCGGCGACGUCUGGGCCACCAAGCCCAUCGGCUGGGUCUACAUCCUGUCGAAGCGGCUGGCGGAGGAGGCCGCGUUCGGGUUCGCGCGGGAGAACGGCCUCCGCCUCGUGUCCGUCGUCCUGCCGACGGUCGCCGGCCCGUUCCUGACGCCGGCCGUGCCCACCAGCGUCCAGCUCCUGCUGUCCCCCAUAACACGUGACCCGAAGCUGUGCGCGCUACUGGCGUCGGUGCACGCGCGGUUCGGGUGCGUGCCGCUGGCGCACGUCCAGGACGCGUGCGACGCGCACCUCUUCCUGGCGGACGCGCCGGCCGCCGAGGGGCGGUACCUGUGCGCCGGCGGCAGCCACACGGCGGCACACAUCGCCCGGCUCCUCGCCUCGCGCUACCCUCCGUUCAACCCCGAAAAGAGGUUGGGUGAUGAUCUCGACGGUGCGAGCCCGGCGUCCGUGGUGUCGUCCAAGCGGCUGCUGGAUCUGGGGUUCAGGUUCGGGCACGACGCCGGGGACAUCCUCAGGGAUGCAGUUGCGCAGUGCGUCGACCACGGCUUCGUGGAGCCGCCUGGUGGAUGUGACGUACAGUACUAGUGUUCGUUCAUGAAACCGUACCGUGCUGGUUAGAGCAGGCGGUCAAAGCAACGACGGCGGUCUUGAUCGUAGCACCAGUGUCGAUGUUAAGGGAGGGAAAGGCUUGCUAGAUGGCAAUUUAAUAUUCGGGUUUGUAUGAUAGUAAGUUUUAAAUAUGUACUACUUUAUUAAUAACUGGUUCACUUUCCAAUCUCACAGAGUGUGUUGAGUCUUGUGCUAUAGCCGGUUCUUAUUCUACGGCCUGUUUUCUUUCUCUCUCCUCCAACUAAACAACGAUAUAUUAUUUUA